UUGAGUUAUGCGAGCACGUUUUUUGCAGCACAGAAUACUGCAACAUCAACACAUCGAGCACCAUACAAAUAUCCGCUUGCCAGAUACCUCAGAACUCUCGACGAAUCCCGACGUCGUCAUCAUCAUCUCAGAAUGUCGACAGUCUCGAAAAGUUAUCAUACUAAAGACCCUAUCAUAACAUAUAUUUCGAAUGUUUCACUGAGACUAGAUCCACUUCAAGUCGAAUUACAACAAAACACAAUCGAACAUGCGCCUAUGUCCGGAAUGUUGGGUGCACCCGAAGUGCUACAAUUCGGCCGGAAUCUCAUUCACCUCACACAAGCGAAACGCGUUCUUGAUAUAGGUAAGCUCACUGAUCACAUUCGGUUGGGAGUUCUGGCUGAAGUAAAGAGGAUUCAUUCAGUCUGA